AUGAAUCACCCACAUGUCCUGCUCGUUUCUCAACACGCGUACGGCCAUCUCAACCCAACCAUUGAGCUCGCCAAGAACCUGCGACGCGUCGGUGCACGUGUCACCAUUGCAACCACCGUCACCGGUUUCAACAACAAGCUCAAAUCUCUGCCUUUCUUCGAUGACAUCUCUUGUGUUUCCUUCUCCGACGGCCAUGAUGAUGACAUCAACCCAGACAAGAUCCCCGGCUACUUUCAAGACCUAGAGCGCGUGGGCUCCGAGAGCCUUGCAUGUGUUAUUCAAACUUUGUCAGAAAGCGGCAACCAGGUUACAUUUCUAGUUUACACCCUCUUCAUACCUUGGGCAGCGGUGGUGGCGCGUGAGCUAAACGUGCCUUCUGCCAUCCUCGUCAUCCAAACCGCCACUUGCUUUUCGAUUUAUAACCAUUUCUGCAACAGUCGUGAUGGUAUUGCUGUUGUAAACAAAGAUAUCGAAACCUCCAUUUCUCUACAGUUACCAGGAUUACCCUUGUUGAAAUGUAGUGAUUUUCCAACGUAUCUAUUACCAACUGAUCCGACUUUUUCCGAAAUGAUUUCUCUUUGUCAAGAACACCUUAAGUUUCUUGAGGAAGAACCUAAUCCACGUGUGCUGGUGAACACUAUGGAUGACCUGGAGUCUGAUUCCAUAAAAUCCAUCAAGAACGCCGUUGUCGUCGGCCCAUUGGUUCCUUCUUCUUUCUCCGACAAUCAUGGCUCAUAUUUUCGAUGGCUAGAUUCAAAACCAGAAAACUCGGUGAUAUACGUGUCAUUUGGGAGCAAGGCUGUGAUAAGCAAAGCUCAAAAGGAAGAGAUUCUACAUGGAUUGAUAGAAUCGAGUCGGCCAUUUUUGUUGGUUUUACGUGACAACUGUGAAGAUGAAGACGAAGAGAUAAAGGAAUUGAAGGAGAAAGUAGGAGACGAUGGGCUGGUGGUGGGGUGGUGUUCACAAAUGGAGGUCUUGAGACACGGUGCUGUCGGGUGUUUUGUUACGCAUUGUGGGUGGAACUCGACAUUGGAAAGUAUGGUGGCCGGAGUGGCAGUUGUGGCGUGUCCACAGUUUUCCGAUCAGCCGACGAAUGCAAAGAUGGUGGAGGAAGUGUGGGGGAAUGGUGUCAGAGCGGUGGUGGAUGAGAAAAUGUUGGUGAGGAGAGAAGAGGUGAAGAGGUGUUUGGAAGCGGUGAUGGGAGGCGGCGAGAGGGCGGAAGAAAUAAAGAAGAGCGUUGAGAAAUGGAAAAAGGUUGCCAUGGAAUCUCUCAAAGAUGGUGGUUCGUCACAGAUAAAUCUAAAAGUAUUUUUGGAAAGCAUUUUAUAA